GGAACCUCGAAAAGAGUCGGCAUCGGUUGUUUGACCACGCUGUCCCGACGGGACGACGCUGUUCUUUUUUCUUCCUUCUCGUCUUCGUUCUGCCAGUGCGCGGGCGUGCUCGAACCGUUGGAGAUGCAAAUUGCCACUUGUUGCCGUCACUUAAAAGAAGGAAAAAUAUAAAUUAUAAACGUGCAAUCAGGAGCUUUAUUUAUUUUUUCUUCCCGCUUGGUUCUCAAUUCGAGCGUCACCCCUAAUGCUUCCGUUUGCCGCGCGGCAGCACUUCCUGGAGCACGGCUACGCCGUUCUGCCCAAUGUGCUCUCCGCGGAAAUGGUGUCGCGCAUUCGCACCAACGCUCUAUCUUCCACCCUGAGUCGAUCCAGGUACUUCGCGGAGCUGCCGAACAUUCAGUCCGUGCUGCAGUCAGAGCAGACCAUGUCUGACCCGCUCUCCCACAACGUCAUGUCGCACCUCGAGAAGCGGCGUUACAUCUUGCGGUACUAUAAGCAGGUGAAGCGCCAGAAGCGGAAGCUGCGGCUCACGGCCAAAGCAUUCUUGAACGGACGCGACAUCUCCCGACUCACCGGAGAAGAGAUGUGGGAGCUGAGUGAGACGCUCUCCGCCGCGGCAAUGCAGGUGUCCGCAAAGGGCGCCACCAACACUGUCCUCACCAGCACCGUCCACACCGACCCGCAGAUGCUGCUGGCUAUCAACGCGUACCGCGCCAACGCGUGGAUGACGAACAGUGCGUUGGAAGCUGCGCUGCGGGACACGGAGGCGUUGGUGAAGCCGCUCUCGCAGCUGGCCGAGAUUGUCGGUGGCGUCGAGAGGCCGGUGAUCUUCAGCGAUGCGCCAUUGCUGCGGGAGGCCUACGGCAACCCGGUGGGCUACCACUGCACCGCGCCUCUCAUCGGUACGCGCACGAAUGCCCGGAUGAGCAAAGGCGGCGGUGACGCGGCGGCCGUCUCGCUGAUCCUCUUCACCUACACUCCCACCUCGACGUGUCUGGCGCCCUACGUGAUGCGCAACUCGCAGCGCGCGGUGCAGCAGCAGUACCUGCGCCACGUGCGGGCGGAGCGGCUGCACCGCCGCUUUGCGCCGAUGGAAGCGGAUGUGCGCGACCAGCUGCGCUUUUUCGAGUUUGACGCGUCCGUCGUCGGGGAGCCUCUUAUCCCCACCAAAGCCGGGCUGUCAUCUUCCUCAGCUCCCCUCCCCUCUCCCCCCGCCUCUCCCAUUGGGCCCGGCUCCGUGAUGGUGGUUGACCCGCACCUGAUGAUGGCCUUCAGCGCAAACCUCACGAGUCAGAGCGAAGUCAUCUACCGACUGAACAUCGUCGCCGAGAACGCACGCCCUUACUUGCCGGCCCCGUCGUGGAUUCACGGAUGGCGGACGAUGCCGCAGCAAGUCAACUUCGCCUCUCCGGCCGUCUUUCCUCCGCUCUAUACACCGUAG